AGCCUCCAAAACAGAUUGGGUAAAAGAUAAAAUUCUGUGGGAAGUGCUCAACAGGCAGAGCCAUGGGAGCUUGGGGUUUAUGAGUUGUAGGGAUACCAUUCCACAUUGAAAUUCAGUGCACUUCCAUCUUCUCUUUCGUUUUCACUUCUCUUUUCUUCACCGAUGGAUACUUCUUUCAGAUACGGCGGAGACUCCAGAGCCUUAAGAAUCCACGCCAAGGAGAAGAUUUCUCUCGACUCCAACAUUUUCUUGGAGGUUCAUGGCGAGCUUGAUACAAGAAUUGGAGAACCGAGUCUACUUGCUGCUUCCGUGAGACAAUUUUACCCGGAUUUGUCUGCAAGCGCGGCUUUAGGAGUUCAGUAUGACAAAUAUAAGAAACUUCAUUAUCUUGCUCGUGGGAAAAUGUCUUUUCCUGUGACAACUAAUGAUUCGUUGAAAUUUACUAUUAAAGGGCGAUCUUAUCUUGACAAGGAUUUUAAGCAGACUAAGUACAAAGGAGCUGCUGAAUUUUGUUUGGAUGUAUUAAAUUUUCAAAAGGAGCAAGAUGUAAGAGUCAAAGUAGGAUAUGAAGUGUUCGAGAAGAUACCAUACGUUCAGAUCAGGGAAAAUAACUGGACACUGAAUGCAGACAUCAACGGUAGAUGGAAUGUGAGAUUCGAUUGGUGAACUUUCUCCUUCAUAAAUAGUAGUUUUGGCUGCGGGAUUCCUUUCUGAGAUAUGUAUUUACCUUCAUAUCCAUUGUUUCUAUUCCGAUUAGCAUUGUCUCAACAAUUUUCUGAUGAAUUGAUACAUCUUGCAAAUCCUUUAUAAUAAUUGUUUCUAUCACUUAAUUUUA